ACUUUUAAAACACCAUCAAUAUUCGUAACACCUACUAGGAUGAAGAACCGAUUUCAACUUUCACUCAUCAUUCUAACUUUCUUCAUCAUUCUUGAGCUAGGAGUAAUGGGAAAUGUGCAACAAGGAAAACGAGAACAAUGCCAUACUAAUAUUCCUAACAAAUCUGGAAAAUGUAUUUAUACGGAAUGUAUUUGCCUUCCUCCUAAGACAUGUCAGAAGCUGAAGAAGGGCCCUGUUGCUAGUAUUUGCCUUCCUCCUAAGACGUGCCGCUGGUAUCAUUUUUGCUCUUAAUUGAUUUCUAUUUAUAAUAAAACUUGAGUUUUAUUUAAUUAAAAAAAUAAGAAAAUACUUUUGAGAAGUUGUGAAUCUAUAAGAUUGAUUUUAAACCUUGUAAUAUGAGUGGUUUAAAUAGUGGUUUAACAAAAAAAAAAUAUCUUUAUGAUAAAAAUAGUUACAUUAAUUGAUGUCAAAAAAAAAUUAC